AAGCGCAGCGACAUUGUUCAUUUGUUUACUGUCGAACUCAACUCUUUAUUCUCAAGAUCUUAACACUCUAAAACACAAAGAUGACAUAAACAUAUAGCAAAGAAAUUGCUCUCGAUAGAUAAGUCAAGAAUAUCCAUGCUACUCAGAGAUGUCUUCUGCAAAACCUCGUUCGAAGAACAGAAGACCAUCUUGGUUUCAAGAUACCAAGAGUGGAUACGAAAAGCAGACAGAUUACUUUCUAAAAAUACGAAAAUUACAAAAAGAACUCAUAAACAGGGAGCAGCACAAUCUAGUUAACGCAAUGGARAGGCUGAAGCAGCUGCAAUACCCGCGAAGAAAGCCUGUGAUUAAGAAUUUUUCACUACCUGACAAAGCAGCCUCUCAUGUAGGCUUUCCAAAAAGGCCAUUUGCAAGACGAGGUCUGCAACGCCAGCAGGCAAAAGAUAUGGAUAAAGCAAUCAGGCCGUUGAAAGGAAAACAUCUGCUACCUGAUGAAAAUGUUGAAUUGGAAGGCGAAGAAGAAGUAGUUUCUUUUACUUUAGAAGAUAUUAGACACAUAUACAAUCGAAUGGUACCAAAACUAAAUGAUCAACAAAUUGCAAAAAUUGCCAAUGAAGUUCGCUCAACCUUUCCAAAUGAGCCGUCUACGUACUUAUUACAGCCACAUCUUCCGUCUAUACCAAAUGUUAAAAGAAAAUCUACUACGCGACUUGUGAAUCGCUUGAAAUUACUGACUCUGUCAGAGGAAUCCGAGUACAGGACUUUGAAUGUUCCAAAAAUUGCCACCUCUCUCAAACUACAAAAGAAACAAAAUUCAAGUGAUUCUCCUCUGCCUGAAAUUGCAAAGGAAAAGAAAUCUCAGAAUAUGAAUAAAUCAAAGAACAUAUUAUACUUUGAUAUUGAUCCAAACGAUUCAUCGGUAUUUGUUCACACUGCCAGUGAAGAAGUUACUAGAAGUGAGGUUGAUGGCAUCAAUGAUGAUGAUGAUGAUGAUGAUGAUGAAAAGGACAAUAAUAUCAGCCCAUUCCCUCCUCCCAACUCACGACCUAAUUCCCAUGUGGCUGAUAGAAAUGAUAAUGUAGAUUCUGAAAAUGGCUCAAAAAUAAUGGCCACAUCUGGUGUUAGUGAGGUGGCAGAAAAUAAAAUAGAAGGAAAUUCUGUCAAAGAAGAAAAUAAUACAGAAACUAAUGYGGAGGCAUUAGUUCAAGAAGAUUGUAACAUAGAAUCUCAAGAUGUCAUUCCAGUUACUUCAGAAGAUGUGCCUUUASAAAAUCAAGCUGUGGAGGAUGUUGAUCAAAAUGUUGAAGAAAAUCAAUUACCGGUGGCCGAUAUCUGCAUAUCAGAGCCCAAAGUCAUUAUCAAAACUAGUAAAACUCCAGUGGAAGAUUCAUGAAAAUAACAAGAAUUUGAGAAAAGUUACAUUUCGAAUAAACUUUAGAAGUAUUUACAAAUGACCAAAUUUUAAGAUUUCUAAUAUAUUCUAUGAGUGAAAUCAAUUUAMAAAUGUAAAUAUUUUAUUAUUGUAACCAAUGAAAUAUAUGUUAUCAAUAUAUUUACAGACUCUG